UUAUUCCUGGCAAACAUUGGUAAUCUCCUGAGGGUGACACCCUUGAUUCUUUAAGGUGUGAAAACAUACCUGCCACAAUUUAGUAUAUAAGAGGGUGAUUUUUGGAAUAAAAAUCAUAUCCAACUGAUCAACACAUCAUGGCACAGAAUCAACUCAAGGCAUGGUUAGGACGUCACCUCACAGACCAAGAUGGAGACACUCAAACAAGAGUAUACAGCAGCGAUGUCUACAAUGAUAUGUUAAGCCAGACAAAACUCAAGAUAUCAAGAACAAUGCUUGGAAGAUGCCUCAAAGAACUCUACCCAGGAACCAAGCUAGUCAAUGGCGGGAAAUUGACAAAGAACAUACCGAGAAAGUAUUACUACUCCGGGGUUUACUACAGGAGCGUUUCUUCCGAAAUCCCACAGUCAGCACCUAUAGCCUUCAACAAAGACACUGAUGACUUGGAUAUACAACCGUCAUGCAGUGUGACAAUACAAGCUAUCAUUGAAAGACUCGAAUCACCACCCAGAAGACAAGGCCCUGCUAUAUCGGAAAUCGCUACCCAGACAGAAAUAGAAUUCACCAGCACAGGAUCCCAGACAGAUUUCACCUCUCCAUCAACACAGCAAGUCAACGACCUACAAAAGCAAAUCAAGCACCUCUCUGAUCUUCUUCACGCCACACAGCUAGAAAUGGACCGAUUAUACACUAUGUUAGGCUACCUUCAAAAUCCCCACAGAACUGAAGCAGGUGAACGGAAUCACGUGGAAGCAGACUGAGCAACUUUCCUCCCUUGAACGUAUUUUGGGAAAAAUCUCAUUUGGCGUGGUUACCCAAAGACGUCUCCAGAAUGGCACAAGUAUUGCAGUGAAGCAGCUUACAAGCCGAGAAUCUUCAAUCUGAGAAUUUCAACACCUGGCAGCUGCCCAGCUGAACAAACAGGAUUCUAUACAAACCCUCCUGGCAGUAAACCUCAAUGGACCACCCUAUACAAUAGUAAGUGAGUGUGUACACCUUGGAGCUACAGCCACAUCGAUGGAGGAUGUUGUGCGUGACCCAGCAUCCUAUCAACAGAUAGACCCUCGAGCCCAGCUGAAAUGUUUGGUAGCAGGACUCGAAUUUCUUCACAGUCUGGGAAUCCUUCACAAUGAUAUCAAAUUGAAUAACUACCUUCUAUCAUCUUCUACAUCAGGCGUCAUUAUCGACUUUGGGAUUGCCUGUCCACUAGCAGAGCCGAGUAGGUUCUCUAAACCAGCCGAUCACCUGUGCUACUGGAUAGCCCCGGAGGUGCAGAAUGCUACCAAGGCAUUCUCUGUACAUAGUGACAAUUUUUCAGUAGGGACAUUUGUGGGUAGGAUUCACGAGAUUGCCCCAUCUCCUAGGUUCAUUUCUGUUGCAACUAAGUGUUGCAACCCUCAGCCACUCUGCCGUCCUUGUUUGACUUAUGUUUUUUAUGCAUUGUAA